AACACAUCAUAGUUAUUAGUUACCAAAUCCAAAAACUAUCAUUCCUAUGUCAAAAAUGGUUGAUUCAACCAUCAAAAUUCUCACCUUAGUGUCAUUUCUCGUCCUCAUUUCUCAAGGCUAUAGCAAAUGUUCAUUGAGUAAUCUCUCCAUAUACCAAUAUCCAACAGGACAUCAAUUGAAGCUAUUUCCAGAAUAUCGUGUUGAUAUCAUAAACAAUUGCCCUAAUUGUGUUCAAAAGAAUGUGAAGAUAAAUUGCCCUAAUUUUGAAACAGUUGAAUUUGUAGACCCUUCAAUUUUUAAUGUUUCUGGCGAUAUUUGUCUUGUUAAUGGUGGUAAACCUAUUGUAACAAAUCUUAAUGUCACCUUUAAUUAUGCUUGGAGUAAUUCAUUUGUAUUAACUCCAAAUUCCUCUGAGAUUAGCUGUUAAAUUGCAAUGUUCAUCUUGUAAACUUGAUGUCAUGUUUAGCUGUACUUGUGGUUUACAAGCAUUAAUAGAUAAAUUUUCUAUACCUGUUCUGGAAUUUUAUACAUUGGUUAUUUAGGGGUGAAUGAUUUACAAUGAAAGCAGUGGAAUAAAAUAAAAUAAAAUAUAAUAAAUAUUAUUUUUUA